AUGGUUUUCAGAUUGAUAAUGGUUGAUCCACGGCCUUCAAAGAAAAUUGUUCCCAGCAAAGAAACGAAACAUCCAUCGGGUCGUCGAGAUAAAAUCUCACCCUGGCAAGAGCAAAAGGAGCUGCCCGUUAUAAUGCAAACAUUUGACUCAGGCGAGGCAGAAAAAGGUUCCUCGUGCCAUGAAUCCAGAAGAGCUAGAAAGAAGCCCUUGAAAAUCGUUAAACCUCAGAAUUCCUCAGUAGGGACCAAAACUUCAGGCUUAAAGUCACCUUUAUUGCGACAGCCAGUCUCGGGAGCCAAAAAAAUCCAGUCCUGUCCGCACAAGCCGUUCACUUUCGUGAGCUCAGUGGUCAACGAUUACCAUCUGGAAUAUGCUAAUACGUGGCAAUCGUCGUUCGAGUUUGAUGGCAAAAAGCCUCAACGGCCCUUGUUUCGCAUAAAGAACCCUAGAUUUCGGAAGGCUUCAACAAAGCACCACGGCUCUGUAGAGCCUUCCAACGUCAUAGACCCAAAUUUCACUUUCUCGCACAAUUCACUUAACGGAAAUGUAAGGAAGAAUGGAAAACAACCGCCAAUGACGUUCAAUACAAAUCCAGUUUUCAGGAUCUCUCUUAAUGACCGGUAA